AUGAUGCCUUCAAACGGCCGUAUGAGGCAACCCGGAAGUCAAGAAGCUUUUACCGAACAAGUUGAUUUACAAACAGAUAAAAACAAGCGAAAAAUCGCACAAUUGCAAAAGGAUAAUAAAGACCAGAGACGAAAAUUGAAAGAAUUACUUGAGGGAGACGAAAAAGUUUUGAAUGAUGCAUUUGCUGGUAGAAAAGGUGAACGUGCAGCUUUUAAAAAUAAGUCCGGUUAUGCUGCUAUUCAAUUAACGGAUGAACAACUGGGUGAUUUAAAAAAUAAAUUAAAUUCUUCUCGUCAUGAAAAUGCAGCGAAACAAAAACAACUUGAAGAACUCCAAACACGUUAUGAUCAAUUGGUCAAAGAUACAGACGAAGCAAUGCGAACGGAUGCUGGUGAAUCAGAAACAGCUGCUCAUCUUCGACAAUUAGAAAAUCGUCUUGAUAAAGCUGAAUUAAAAUGUACUGAAGCAGUCACCAUUCAACGCACUUAUACUCAAAUUAAAUCUCAUCUUAUUGAGGAAAGUUUAACAUAUACAAACCGUUUGGAUGCAAUGGAACAACAGAUUCGUAAAACACAAGCCGAAUUACUUGAAGUACAACGUAUUGCAACGGAAGCAGAAUUAGCACAAAAAAAUGCUAAAAAUGAAUUGAAGAAAAGCGAAGAUAAACUGCAACGUCCUACCAGUCCACAAGAAGAUCUUAAAGAUCGACUGUCUGAACAAGAUCAAUCAAAAAUUGACAUGUACAAUGAAGCAUUUUCAAGAAUUAAAGAAGCAACGGGUGCUAGUACGAUGCAGGAAGUUGUUGAACGUUUUUCAUCACAAGAUGAGACAACAGCUCAUUUGGAAAAAAUGAAACAAGAAGCUGAACAACAUACAGCAAAAUUACGUGAAGAAAAAUCUCGAUUGAGCAAAGAGUUUGAAGAGAUGAAAUAUUCUGGCGAAGCGAAAACAUCAGCAGGACAAAGUUUGUUGGAAAACGCUCAAGAAGCACUUGAUAAUGGUGAGGAUCGACGAGAAAAAAGUAUGGCUAAAAUGGAAAAAACAAUGAAGAAAAUGAUCGAGGUCAAAUCGGGCAUUGAACAUUUGUCUUCUAAAUUACAUCAUUUGAAAGGCACAAAAAGUCAAGUUGCAACAACAAUUAUAUCACCACAAUCGAAUGAUUUUGUUCUUGAUUUAUUGGGUACAACCGAAGAAAAACUAGUAAAACUCCUCGAAGAACUAGAAGCUAAAGAUUUAGAGGGAACAUUACGGGAGUUACGACAGCAAGAUUUACAAUUGUAUGGUGAUGGUAAAUUGCCACAGUUUAAUACUCGUAUAAAUCCACCAUCGACACAGAAAGGAGGCGCACUGUAUGGAGAUGAUGAUAAUGCUGGAGAAGAUAAUCCAGAAGCAAUGACAAGAGACAAAAUUAAAAUGAAUGCUGAAGAACUAAUAGGAUUAAAAACAAAACGAAUGAAAAAGCCGAAAAGCAAAAAAUAA